AUGCAAGGAUUCAACUGGACUUCUAAUCAACAACCUCCACCUAAGUACCAAGAACAACCUCCACCUAAGUACCAAGAACAACCUCCACCUAAGUACCAAGAACAACCUCCACCUAAGUACCAAGAACAACCUCCACCUAAGUACCAAGAACAACCUCCACCUAAGUACCAAGAACAACCUCUGCCCAAUUACCAAGAACAACCUCCGCCCAAGUACCAAGAACGACACCCACCUAUGUACCAACCCACCAGGAAUGAUCAGAUAAAGUUAAAACCCCAACUAUAUAACUCAGUGCAGCUAAAUGUUUCCAAUGCACAGCAACAAUACUGGAAUUAUCCUCAAGUUGUUCGCUCAAGCAGUGAGAAAUCUUUAGCGCUUUCCUUUCAACCAAAUGCAAACCUGACCCACCCCAACCUGUUAGGCUCCCAGACACAGCAGCACUGUACACAAGGGAUGGUCUCUCAGCCAGAAGUCCCAUCCAAAAACCCCAAGACAAACAGGCUUUAUGCUCAAUUCAACUAUAGAAACACAGGUCCAGUGCAGAAUAAUCAUGACCCUAACCAAGCUCCAGUGUAUUGGUCUUCUCGUUCAGACAAUGGAGGUUCUAGAACUGAGUGUAAUGAUAACACCAGGAGCUGGAAGCUUCACAUUUCUGACAAUGGCAGCUCUCACCACAUGAACAACCAGCAACAACCUCCUUCUUCUAUAACAGCUCCUCUUCAUCAUCAACAAAGGUUCUCUGGAAAACAGGCUGGAAAACCGCUGACUAUGCACCACUCGACACCUGUACUAUCACAACAAUCCACUUCUUUGCCCCAAAACAAUGUUACAACUCAGAGAAUGUACACCAGGCAAGCUCAGAACACAGCAACAGUCCAUCAUACUUCAAGCACCUCUCCCACAUUGCCACCAUCUGGAGCGCAAAAGAGCAUUUCACCACCUUCCUAUAACUUUCAACAGAGUCCUGUCAAUCAGAGACAGCUAGUAAUGCGGAUGAAUGCAGGUCCAAAUUUGUCAGCAACCCAGUUUCAGAAUAGUAGGCAGAGCAUAGAAAACAGGAUAUGUGGCAUUAAUCAGACCACUAAAAAUCAGACACAGCAGAGGACUCCCACCAACAAAGCCCAUCUUAACCCUCAGUCUAAGCCUGAUUUUAACUUAAAUCCUUAUGUAUACCCACAAUUACGUAAAUUAAUUUAUUCACAUGACAAUGAACAAGGUUUUGCUAAUAGUUCAGUGACAAAUAAGCAGCCAUCUGAUGACAGAACUGGAAAUCGGAAAGCUUCCAACAGGACUGACUAUAAUUUGUAUUCACAGCGACACCUUUCUUUACAGAGUUCACAGUUUACAGAUGAACCCCCUAGUAAAAGAAUGAACUAUGGUUUAAGUCAGAAAGACUAUUGGAACCAAGUACCCUCCAAAGAAUUAUGCUCCAUCUCCAAAGAUGCGAGUGAGCUUGCAUCACAAUCUGCCUUACCUAGCAUCGAUCAGACGGGCAGAACAGAACAGAAUAGCAGCGAGAAGCGACAUGAUACAAGACAGCACAAGGUACAAUACACUACUGACCCGGCAGAUUGCCUUGAAGCUGUGUUUGCUCUACAGAAAGCUGCUCAGCAAGUUCACAAAGCUGUAGCAAUCGUGCCACCUAUUUCCCAGCAAACCUCAAAUACUGCACAGAUGGAUGAUACCAGUCCAAAAACUGUGGACAGUCCUCCUCUAAAGAUUGAUGCCAUUUGGUCCAUUGCUGAAGAGCCUGAUGCACAGAGUCCAGUCACAAAAAUAAAUGACAAGCUAUAUCAAUCACCGGCACCAAUCGCACAGCAGGAUGAUAGAAGUUUAAGCAUUCAAAUUGAGACUACAAACACAGACACUUGCAUACCUCAAAGUUCUGAUAUUUGCUCUGCUAACUCAAAAGGAGGAUGUCAAAAUUACUUGCAGCAAAAUGAUAUACAGCAGAGUGAUUGUGAUUCAGGUGAUACUGUGUUUAACUUGUCCAAUGUGCCAGUGGAUGAGUACACACUUUUAAAUCUGAUGAACUUGGCUAAGUCUAUACAGAUGGAAGAGAUUACCAAGUUAAGCACUAGACUCACAGAGAUACCAGAGAGUGUUUUCAAUUGGAUCUUGGAACUCUACUGGAAAGGGAACACAUACAAUUUAGUGAAAUCUUUGAAAUCGCAUAGAAAACUGAUUGAGCGCUCAUUAGCCGGAGGUGUUAAGAAUUAUGAAUCAGUGGUAUUUGAAAGCAUCUCAUCUGACAACUUGAAGAAACUGGAUCAUUGUGACAUUCUCGAGAAUGGGAUAUUUUUAUCAUCUGAGGAGUUCAGAUCUUCUUGGUUAAAUGUUGAUGGAUGGCCAGCGGAUAUUGACAAAGUGCUUUCAGAACCACUGUCUGAUUAUGUUCCCUCAGACAAUGUAGGUGUGAAUUCCCUUAAAGAAGCUCCUGAGGUUACAUCACUCAGCACAGUGCAAAGUGUGAAGCCAAACACAAGUCACACAGAGGUUUUUACACCUUUGGCAGGAAAUGGCAAGCAGGAAACAGCCAUCAAAUACAAAGUACAUGCAGACCUCUCACCAUUAUCAGAAAUGCCUUUAGAAGAUCUAAUAGACAACAGCAAAGACAGCAGCAAAGAAACUAAAGUAUUAAAAAAAGAACACAUCAGAGUUACACAAGACAUCAAUCUCUCCUCCUCCCAGGAAGUCAUAUGUUUAGAGUCUGCUGUGUCUGAUUCACUUCCUGUGAACCCUGCAGAUGAACUUUUUGAAUGUGCCAGUGCUGUUUCAGAUGUUGUGAAAACCUCUAAGAUGUCCUUUUCUACAGAGGUUCUUAGUAACGCCACAAACACAUGUCAAGUAGAAGAUAUUUCUGACGAUGAGAAUUCAGGCAAUAAGGAGGCCGCUAGUAACGCCACAAACACAUGUCAAGUAGAAGAUAUUUCUGACGAUGAGAAUUCAGGCAAUAAGGAGGCCGCUAGUAACGCCACAAACACAUGUCAAGUAGAAGAUAUUUCUGACGAUGAGAAUUCAGGCAAUAAGGAGGCCGCUAGUAACCCUACAAACACAUGUCAAGUAGAAGAUAUUUCUGACGAUGAGAAUUCAGGCAAUAAGGAGGCCGCUAGUAACGCCACAAACACAUGUCAAGUAGAAGAUAUUUCUGACGAUGAGAAUUCAGGCAAUAAGGAGGCCGCUAGUAACGCCACAAACACAUGUCAAAUAGAAGAUAUUUCUGAUGAUGACAAUUUAGGUCAUGUGGAGGCUCCACAGGAUAUAUGGCUGGUGGAAGAUAAUUCUGACAACGAGAAUUCAGAUGAGCCAGACAUAUAUGUUGUAGAAGCUGUUUCUAAUGAUGAAAAUUCAAGAGAUGACUCCCCGAUGAUGGAGGUAACUGUGCUAUCAUCUGAAGAUGCUAUAAAUCUUUUCCAACAGUUACAAAAAGAGCCUCAAUGUAAUGUAAAAACUACAUCUACUCAAUCAAAUGUUGACACUCCAAAGCUUGUGGCAUGGUUUAGCUCACCCAGUCAGCCUAACCAUGAAUGUAGCAAAGCAAAGAUUUGCUCUUGUUGUGGUACCAAUCGAAUUGAGAAAUCCAAUUCCCCUCAUGUGACUAAGAAGUACAAUGAUGGUGAACUUUUCUGCUCCCACUGUUGGGACGAGGCACCAUCGCUUAAACUAGAAGGAGAGUUGUUCUCUCCUAUGAGGAACAAGACUUCUGGCACUCCCACUAAAUCAGAUGAAUGGGAGCAAAAUAGUAGCCCUCCAACUCUUGAACUGAAAGUCCAGGUGUUAAGUGUUCCUUUAACAGAGGAAUACAUUGAGGAUAAAGGACUGAUACGUACAAAAAGUGACAAUAUGGUAAAGUCAGCAAUGCCUGAUGUCAAAAUGCUUGAGAUUCAGAAUUCAGUUGAAGAGGUGCUUCCCAAGAUUCAACCAGAUAAGGUCAAAUCAGACAAAAUCAGCUUAACCAAGCUCCAAAUGCCCAUACAAUGCAACACACCUCCUCCAACAAAAUCUGUUUUUGGAGAGCAUAAACCUAAAUCUGAUAGCACUAGGAUUGGUGUUGAAGAGACAAGAAAUGAUUUACUUCAGGCUGUGAUGGACAGAAUCUCCCAGAACCAUACAGAAAGCCUACACAAAGUGAGAGAGAAAGUGUCCAGUCAUUCAAAUACAACACAGUGCAUGACCGCAAUGCCCCACAAGUCAAAUAAUAUGCUUGAUAUGAAUAAUGGGAAAAAGAAAGUGACAUUUGCCUUAUAUGGGUCCAAAGAUGAAGACCAAUGUGUUGCCUUGGAGCUCCAUUCCCCUGCCCCUCCUACCUUAAUAGUCUCUACUGCUGGCAAGGACUAUGCUGGUGUGCUUUCUGCUAAACAAAAAGUUCACAACCAGUGGAGCAGCACCUACAUACCCAAAGUAACAAAGAAUUCUAAACCCAACUUACCACAGGUGAAGAAAAGGAUGACCUCUCUACCUAAAUCACCACAGAAGAUGAAGAUGAUUUCUUCUCCACCCAAAACUCCAUGGCAGAAGAAAAAAAUGCAGAAACCUCAGGAAGCCUUAAAGUUAAAAAUGGAUGCUUUAAAAAGCCAUUUGAAACAAAGAGCCAUGCAUCUAUCCAGCAAAAAGAUAGAGAAAAAUUAUUCUAGAAAACCAUUUUCUCAGCAAAAGCUUACGGAUACACUACAUGACACUACACUACAAAAUAGCUUAGAAAUAACUUAAUAAUUUAUUUUAAAAUGUUUACUUUAAGGGCAUAUUAUACCUGUGGCUGAAUGUUUUCUGUAAAUGACAUUUCUGACCUUUUUUAAUUGUAAUUUCACCAUUGGGUGCGAAGUAGAAAACUUUAUUUUUUAUACAAUAUUUUUUUUUACCUGGGUUUUUAUUGUUUAUAAUGUUGUAAAGUACUCUAUGUAUGACUAAAUCAUGUUGUUUUGUGAUCACAGUCAUCUUCAAAUGUUACAUUUUAGGUAUAAUAUGUAAUGUUAUUUUUACAUAUUUGUUGUUUAGGAAAUAAGUUACAUGAAAAUAUACUGGAAAGGUAGUUGUUUCAAAUGAUGUUUUAUUUGAAAUUUGAGCUUCUUAGGUGAUGAAUAACAAAUACAGCAGUUAAAAUGUUCAAUUGCAGAAACCUUGAAUUGAUUCAUGGAGGCCACAUUUACUGUACUUCUAAUAUUCUUGAUUUAUAGGGGAGACCAGGGCUAGUUGUCACGCGGGGAUGUUGUCACAGGGGCUUUUUCUAUAUCUGUAUCUUUUGAGUUUAAACAAAGUCCCUUUGCAAGUCAGUCCACUCAGCCGCCAUCUUUGGAAUGCUCCUGGGCAGCUAUUUUCUUUACAAGCAGCAUACAAGUACAGCUCCUAUCUACUUAAAUGUGCAAAGACUGAAAUUUCCAAAAUGGUUGCUCAAGAUUAUGAUCAAAGAGCGUAGUUCAAAUCAGAUGUAAAAAUCUGAAAACAAUGGUAUAAAUUGUGCUUCUUUAAAGGGAUAGUUCACCCAAAAAUGAAAGUUCUCUCAUGAUUUACUUACCUCAUGACUUCCUAGAUGUAUAUGACUUUCCUUUUUCUGCAGAACAGAAAUUAGGAUUUUCAGAAGAAUAUUUCAGCUCUGUAGGUCCAUACAAUGCAAUUGAAUGGGUGCCAAACUUUUGAAACUCCAAAUUCUACAUAAAGGGAGCAUAAAAGUAAUCCAGUGGUUAAAUUAAUGUGUACAGACAUGGUAUGAUAGGUGUGAGUGAGAAACAGAUCAAUAUUUAAGGCCAUUGUAUGGAUCUACAGAGCUAAAAUAUUCUUCUAAAAAUAUUAGUUUGUGUUCUGCAGAAGAAAGAAAGACAUACAUCUGGGAUGACUUGAGAGUGAGUAAAUAAUGAGAGAAUUUUCAUUUUUGGGUAACUGUCCCUUUAAUGCUUUUUAAGCUUAGAAAAACACAUAGUGCUUCAAAAAUGAAAGGCUGCAGACUAGUAAGGCUGUGUACUUCCUAGACCACUACUUCUGAGGCUGUAGGCUAGGGUCUUUCUCAACAUUCAGUGCUAUGAAUGAGAUGGUCUAGUAAGUCUGCAUGGCUACGUCAUAAAGCUUUCUGCUUCCGUGGUCAUGGCAUGACAUUUUUGAAAAUGAAUUAUUUGUAUUAAAUGACAAUUCUUAAUUUCCUCUUUGUGAGAAGGUACGGAAAUUCUGGUUAGCUGCCAUGACCGCUGCAAAGAAGUUACUUGUUCAACGGUGGAAACCCCUGCAUGACCUUUCUAUUAAACAAUGGCUUCACUCUUUAUUGGAGAUAUUAUACCUGGAGCUGUCAUCUGCACGGACCAAUCACGCUAACCCUAGGACUUUUUCGAUGUGGAAGAACUGGAUAUCUACAGUCAAGAAAUAUUUAGCUACUUAAUCUGCAGCUACUUAUAGGUGUUACCAUUAACGUUAUUUUAUUUGUCUUUCUAUGUAUGCAUUUUAUUUUAUUCCUUGUUAUUCGGAUACUGCUCAGUGUCCCGAAGUGCACUGGGGUGGG